CGUCGAUUAACAACAAAGAUGUCUGCUUCCUGCAGACCACUGUCUUCUAAACAUUGUUGAUAGGGGAGCUACUUGCUGUUACUUACAGUUAGAUUAAAAUACAAGAAAAAGUGAUUUACUGUAAAAGAAAAGUUACAUUAUGCCUAAGCCUCAAGCAGUUGUGUUCAUUUUAAGCAUCAGUUUUGUUUUUCUUGUAUUACAGUUUUAUGGAAUUAAGUAUUUGUAUGAGCAUUUAAAAUCCACAAAACCAGUGGAGGAAAGAGUUCCAUGGGAAGCAGUCAAGCUUUUUUUAAGAAAAUGUGAACACUCAGGGCUACCAGUUUUUGUUGUGGAGCCAAGUUUGAUUCGAGCAGUAAGGGAAGGAAGCAAGAGAAGAGUUGAACUUUGGAACAUGGAAAACCAUAAAUCUGUGACGUUUGGUGUCUUAGAGCCUGGACUUGAUCAACUGCAUCUAGUUAUGUCAGCUAUGAAACAUGAGAAUUAUGAAUUUUGGGAGAAAAACUAUCGAGACCCUCGAGGCAUUUCUGUCCUUCGGAGAACCUACCGUGUUGUACCGACUCACUACCUGCUGUGGGUACCAGCUAAGGACCACACCCCAAUGUUGAUUCACCUGGUGGUGUUUUACAAGAGAGGAGAGUUCUACUGGCACUCCUCCAUUACAGAUGAAGAGCAGCCCUACAGCCUAGAAGGGUCACCCUUCUCUUCAACUGAAGGAACUUUUAGCCUAUUUAACAUUAGCAAUGUGUAUAUAGAUGAGACAAACAUACAUGUCCCAAGUGAUAGUUUCACUUUCCUCAAAGAAAUAGAAACCUCUGAAUUUAUAGAAUGUAACUACACCAGAGCCUUCCACUUCUUUUCUGAGUACCCCAACAAUAAGCAAGAUGGGGAGCUCUUCAAGAGGAAAGGCAGACAACUCUUAGUCAUAGCUAAACAAAUUCUGGAUUCUAUGGGCAUCCCAUUUUGGUUGAGUAGUGGAACCUGUUUAGGCUGGUUCAGACAGUGUGACUUGAUACCCUAUUCAAAAGAUGUUGAUCUUGGAAUAUUCAUUAAAGAUUAUAGGGAAGAACUCAUUAGUCUGUUGGAGGGUGCUGGUCUUGCUCUAACUCAUCAAUUUGGAAAAGUUUCAGACAGUUUUGAGCUGUCUUUCAUGUAUGGUGACAUCAAGCUAGAUAUAUUUUUCUUUUAUUUUGAUGCUGAUUUCAUUUGGAAUGGAGGAACACAAGCUAGUACUGGGAAAAAAUACAAGUAUAUUUUUCCACAUUUUCACUUAUGCUGGACAGAGUUUUUAGAGUUAUGGAUACGAGUGCCGUGCCCAACUGAGCCAUACGUACAUGCCAAUUACGGCCCAAAAUGGAUGAUACCUAUACCCGGAUGGGACUGGAAAGCCAGCCCUAACAAUGUUAUUGAAAAUGGGCAGUGGCCUAAAAAGGAAUGGAAUGAAGUUAUUCAGUUAUAUGAAUAACAAAACUUAGUAUAAUGUUUAUAAACUUAUGUGAAUGACAAGACACAAUCUGAUCUUUAAAAAAUUGUUCAUUGAAAGUGUCUUAAAAGACUUGCAGCAGUAUUUGCUAUUGUUUUUUCUGUGCCUUGAUGUUAGUACAUCACAACAGUUGUGUUGCUAUCCAGGUUCAUGGUUUUGUUUCUUUUACUUUUAUCUCAAUAGAAUGAUCUGAAGUCUGCACAAGUCACUGUUGGUUUUCUUAGCAAUCAACAGUGUGUGAAGACAAAUUUCCAUUGCUGAUCCAUUUUAUAUAUUUUUUCCCUUUUUUUUUUUGUUAAAAUUCCUGCUUAAGUAGUCUACCGGUUUGUGUUAUUGUGACUUAAAAAGAGUUUAAAAGAACUAUUGAAUGAUGCCAAAACAUUGUGACUUUAGUUUAUGCGAGAGCUGGUGAAUGGAGCUUCUUUAAUUGUGGCAUUGGUUGUUUUCAGACGUGGAUGAUUCUCUUUCCAACCAGGUCCAUAUUUGACUACAACAUGGGAAACAGACUGUAAAUAAAUCCCUUCAAGUUUCCUGGCGAGGUUUGAUCAAUUGCCUCAUCAUCUUAUGAUAUUAACAUGAAUGUUUUGUGCGUUAUUUCUAAGAGCUUGGUUAAUGGAGCAUUUUUGGGGAAUGUUUUUUUGUGUGAACUAUCUGUAAAAUAUAUUGUACCUGAUCUAAGUAAUUCCAACUGUAGCAGUUAUAAUUGUUCUGUUCCUGUUUACAGAUAAGUAUUGCUUAUUCAGGUUUGAACAACCUAUACAAUAGAGUACUUGUUUGUAACAACUUUUGCUCUACAUAAAACUUUAAACUGUGGUGAAAUAAAGAAGAUACUCUAACCUUUCAAUAUUAAAAAUAAAUAUUUACUGUUUGUAAUACUUCUGAAUAAUAUAGAAUUUUUUUUUAUUUAGACAUUCCAUUUAUUAUUUUUAUAAAAAUAUCCUCUAUUUUGUACAGUAGUUAAUUUUUGUGUAGAAAGUGGCGUAAUGUUUUAGUAAGUCUUAUAGUUUGUUGGCCUACCGUUUUAGUAUUUGUUUCCUCAAACUUUAUAACAUGGUCGGUUCAGAAUUUCUUACACCUGUUUUGUUAUUUAAUCAUCUUUUUUGUUGAAUUAGUCAGGGAAAGAUUGAUUAUCUAUUUAUAGAAUAUAAUUUUACACUUAGAAAUCUUGUACACUUGUGUUUACAACUUUCAGCAGUAUAUAUAAUUUAUUGAUUUGUUGAUUGCUGGUUCAGUUCAA